AGGGCUUCCCCAUUUGGCUUGGAAACUUUGAGCAAAUGCCCGUAUUUCAACACAGACUGCCUCAUCUCCACCCAUACUGACACCCAUGGCCCAAGUCAGCACUUUCUGGGUUCAGUCUCUCUGGAAAGUAAAGUUCUCUCCAGGAUGCUGCUGGGGUAAAAGCAGGGACGGGCGUGGGGUGCAAUGGGGUGAGGGGUGAUCCGGGGUAUCACCCUGCUGUGCUGGGCCCUACCCCACACCCUACCUUCAGAUGCCACCAACUUCCGGGCCUUUCUGUGGAUCUGCGGCAGGAAUCUGCCCGUUUCUCACUGGCUCCCCUCUCCAUGGGGGGAGGGUGUCUAGGUUUUUCUUUCCUUAUCCAGCCAAGUCAGCGUCUCAGCUUCCCAAAUCGCACUGACAUCACGCAUUCUCCUUCACCCCGUGGGUUUGCUGCCCUUUUUGCUCCUUCACUCUGUCGCAGGGUGGCUGGGGGAGGUGGCCCAGAGCAACACGAUGUGCUUGGCCCGCCGUUUUAACCGGAAGUCCCCCCCCCUCGAUGUUUGGACAGUGGCAGACACGGAGUCCUCAGAUUUACCAUGAGGCGGGUUCUGCCAUCAUGGCCGACCCCAAUAUGACACGAACUCGUGCCUAUAAGGACAACCUGCAGGUGCCGGGGGCGGAGCAGGGAGCCCUCCCGGCGAGCUGGGUGCGGGAUGACUGCGCCUCGCUGGCCAUCCUCGCUACAUUCCUCAGUCACACUCUCCUGCGCUUUAUGGGGGAAAUUAUGUGGCAGUCUCUAAUCCGUGGAUCCGUGAGGGCUGUGAUGUAUCCCUGGAGAAUGUCGAGGGCCUACUGUACCUCGGUCACUAUGGAAACUAGUUCUCGGGUGGCAACCGGGCUUAGCAGUCCCCACGACGGUGCAGUGCCCAUGGAUUCUCGCUCUGGGAAUGGGCAGGGCGCAGGCCCUGGAGACAGGGCCACACCUACCCCGGGGACCUGCCAUACCCUUCAGGAUGUCUCCAGGGUCUCCUCCCAGCCUGGGCACCCUGCAGCAGCCUGGCCUGGAGUGCUUCAGCUCAGAGGAGGAGGAGAGGGGGAGCCUGUCCGGCCCGGGAAGAUCUGGAAUCACGCAAGUGCUCCUGGAACCGCUUCCAGACCCAGCCUCCCAGGGAGUCUGCCUCACGGUCAGAGCUCUCAAGGCGGUCACCAGCUCAUAAUCGACUUUCAGGGGAUGAUGAAACCAAGACUAAGAGAAGCUCACCAGCUUGCCCAAAGCCGCAGGCUCACGCACAGCUGGAGUCUGAACUCAGGUCCCUGUGACUCGGCCCUGAGAUCUCUCCGUGCUCCCUGCUGCCUCUCCCUCUCAGCCUCCAACAGAGCGGGGGCAUUCAGGAGUCUGCUCAAUGCUUUUUCACAUCAUCACACUUGGUUUUUGCAAACCUGCCGUGCGAGCAGGUAUAAGUCCUGCAGGUGGAAACUUGCUCUUGUCGCCAAAGCACGAAGGAAGCAUCCACUGAUGCUGGGAGGGCGGCAGUGGCCCUGGGAGCCUUGGUGGCUCCUCUGGCAAAGAGCAUCGGAGUGUCAGCAAGGGCACAGGGAGGGACGGGGCCGUGUCGGAGUGGAUCACGGCCCUGACGCUACCCAUAAGGAACUUCCCCAGGACUUCUGCCUGGUUCACCUGCCAGCAGGGAGUCAACUCACAACAUGUGAGGAUCACACUGGGCAGGAAGCUGUGCUCUGGGGUGACCUGGUGGCAUCGGGGCCCACUUAAUGUGCCGAGUCUUCAAACAAUGGCAGCCAGCUGGGCCCUCCCAUCUGCACGUGGGUACACAUGGGGACCAUGGGCUUGGUGGCUUUGACAUUUUGAGCCCAUCCUGGUUUCUCCCCGCCGCCGCCCACUCUCUUCUGGGGACUGUAACCUGCGCUCUCCAAGUCAGACCUAACUAGACCAGCAAAUCGGUGGCACUCGAGCCAUCGCGGCACACCGCAAGCGCGAGGGGGGAUGCCGUGUGGACUACCCUGGGAGCUGCUUGCUGCGUCUGCCUGUGUUUCCUGGGCUUACCCGUUCUCCGCUCCUGCCUUCCAUCACCUCUCUAAUGGAGAGGCGGGACACAGUCCCCACAGGCCGGCAUUCAUCUUCCCCGCCUGACCCUCCCGGAGGCUAUUAAGCUGCUGUUGCAAGAUUGAGGAGGGGAGAGAAAUGAAAAGAGCACACAGGGAGCAAUGCAGGGCAGAGGGGACUCUUUUGGAACCGGAUCCAUUGGUAAGUCAAGCCAGGGAGAGACGGCCUCGAGCUCGGGAGAGUGGAGAGCUCCCCCCCAGACAACAAGGCCUGGGGACAGGCUGCCACGCUAGGCUGUCCCCAGGAAAGGCCAGGCUUGGGGGACAGGGGGAGUGGUCUCUGCAAAAGGCUGGGCAGCCCAGGACCCAGGAAAUGAGGCAAAGGUUACUGAGGUCACUGCUGCCCCUGUCUCAAUUAAAAAGUUCGAAAUCCUCUCUGCCCAGCCCAUUACUCUCCUCCCAAAGCCCUGCAGAAGAAAAUGUGAACGCCGACAGCCUGGCCCAUUAUAUAUUCAUGAUUCCGGCUCCAUCCGAUUCUCUCUGCUGCAAUCCUUUUAGUCCUCUGGCCGAGGCCCCGGCACAGCCCUUUUUCUGGAUCUGCUCCUCACUGUGCUCCCUCUGCACACUGUGCUCCCUCUGCACCCUGUCCUCUGAGCGGUCACCUCACCGGACCUCCUGCGGCUGGUGGACAUGGGCGGAGUGAGCCCCUUGCCCUGCAAGGCGUCCCCACGCCCGGCCCGGCCUGCCCCUUCCCUCCAACUCAAGGGAACAGGUCUCUUCCUUUGAAAAGGCAACCUCCUCCCUUCCUAUCUCCAAAGGAAGCACAGGCCUGGACUGACCUCUCUCCACCUCUAAGAGCAACAAUAAAAAUGCCCCUUGGGUCUGUUACUCCUUCCAGGCACAAGACCCUUCUUGCUUGCGCCCCUGCGAGUUGAUUCUCAAUCUCACGGCUCUCCCCAAUGCAACAGCACUUUCUCAGCUCUCAGCCUCCGGGAGCUCUUGACGGGAUCACCCCACCCUGGAUCUCUCUCGUAUCUUCCUCCCGUGCCUGCCUUGUGCCCGCCCUGCCCCUGGGUCGGCCCUCCGCCCUCCGGCAGGCUCACCCUCCCCUGCCCUUCACCGCCUCUCUUUACCACCUCAUCUUCUCUCUUCUUGCCCUCUCAGCGCCAGCCCGGGGACCGUGUCCCGCUGCCAGUGAGAGCGCUCAGAACACGCGUCCCCAAUCAGACACGCCAGGCUCUCUGCCCCUACACCGGCCCACUUCCUCACAGGGCCACUCUGCCCCACCGUCCACUCUCGGGGGUCUCACUAUGUUGCCCAGGCUGGCCCCAAACUCCUGGGCUCCCGUGAUCCUCCCACCUCAGCUUCCCAGAGUGCUGGGAUUACAGGCAUGAGCCACCGCGCCCGACCAGUCUCUUUCCAUUGCAUUUGAGAACUUCACACUGGGUCCACAUCUGCUUUCCCACUGCAUGUCCUCCCUGAGUCCACGUGGUGUCACCGAGAAGCGUGUGCUAGGCCUGGUCUUCAACACCCGACAGCAGUACCCCCCCUCCAGUUACUGCAGUCAAUGUGGUCUCGCUCUUCCAGGAACUACUGCUGGCUUUGGGGCCUGUGCAAUUUAGUUUGGCAUUUAAUUAUGUUUAAUUGCUCUGACGCCAUUAACAGUUCCUUGAGGGCAGGGCCCAUGGUCUUACCCUUUUAUCUGUCCCUCCUACCUGUGGCCCUUGGUAAGGCCUUGACUGGCCAAAGCCAUGGGUUCCCUUAGAAGGCGCAAGACAGGUUUCCAAACACGCCCUGUGAACGUUCCACCCUGGAGACCCCACCUGUCUCCAGUGUGUCCCUGGAGCUGGGGCUGGCUCUCUCGACACCUCACCUCUCCAGAGAGGGACAGAGUGAGGCGCUCGAGCAGCGCCUCACUCGAGCGGCGCCGUGCCCAGGACCGACCUGCGGUUCCUUUCCAAUCACUUAAUCGCAGUUGGCUCCUCACACCUGAGGUUGAGGACUUCCAACAGCUCCACAAAUCCUCCUUAAUUAAACCCGAGGCCCCCCGCCGAGUGGAAGGGAAGAUCCCGCCUCUUCCAGGAGCAAAAGCACCUCGGCAGACUUUGCAGCUUAGGGUAGGGGCCGUCAGGACCAAACCCAAGGUUUCUGCAGCCUGCACCAGCGCAGCCGGGCGCCAGCCAGGAGGGCGGAGGUGCCAGGAGGAGCAGGGGUUGGAAGGGUUGCUUUGCCUUUUGAUGAAAUGAGCAACCUGCAAAUUAGAUGCAAAACACCAUGAAAAGAUGGCAUAUAUUAAUUUAGAACCAAAAGCUCUGGGCAUUUUAAGCAAUAAAAUGCCAGCCCCGUAUGCGAUCAUAUUUACUGCCCCAAUUUUCUUUUCCUGAUAUUCUAAGUAAAACAGAAAGUGUAAGCUAUUGAGAGGGACAUAUUCCUCUCCCGUGAACGUCUAGGCAUGGGAAUAAGUUGGUCGUGACUGCUGGCUGUGUAAAUAUAAAUGCCACGUCCUCAGUGGCAAACAUGCACCGUGUACCUACUGUGCGCAAAACGCCAUGCGGGGUGCCAAGAAAAAAGCAUCAGAUGCCCUCGUGCAGCUGAGUGCGGCACGACGAACACCCGCGAGGUGCUUACUACGCAGCGCCGGGUGACCCUGGGCGAGGUAGUUUCACGCUUGUACAACGAGGUGAAGCAGAAGUCCUGCAGGAGGUGAGCGGUGACACAAGCUGUGGCCCGCGCCCAUUGUGGACCACUGCACAGAGACUACGGGAACAAACUGUCGCUACAGGCAUCAACUUGGAUGAUCCUGGAGGAAAUGACGCUGAAUGGAAAAAAAACCAACUGCAGAAGAUCGCAAACUCUAUGAUCCCAUUUAUAUAACAUUUGUGAAAUGACAUAAUCACAGAGAUGAGGAACGGAUGAG